UAAGGUCACAUGGUUGUUCUUCUUCAGUGCAAGACAAACAUGAAUGGUAUAAAUGUAUAUUUUAAUAAUCCCAUUGUUAACAUUUAUGCAUGUCUGCACAAUGUGGUUGAGGUACCUAUAUAUAUAUAUAUUACAUUCAUAGGAAUGUGUCUACAGAUCUUCAAGCUUCAAUUCACUUUCAUAGCAUAUUGUACUAUUGCAUACACUCAUGGCUCCGUCAUACAUUCUGGGUCGCAAUAUUGCUCCCAUGAACACCACAAGUGCUAUCAAACUGAGGUUGGUACGUACCUAUGAAAUUCCUGAAAGAAGAGGCGCAACAACCAUUAAGUGCAAAGAAUGUGUUUUUCAUGAUCAAGAGGGGACUGUUCUGCAUGCAACCAUUCCGAGAGAUUUGGUACAUAAAUAUUCUACUAUGCUCAAGGUAGGUGACGUGUAUUCAAUAACAAAUUUCUUGGUGAUUAGUAACUUCUACACGUACAAGACAAGCCCACACAAACACAUGUUGAAGUUCUACUACAAGACAGUUGUUACAGAGCUAAAUGACCAUGUUUUCCCAAGACAUAUGUUCCGACUGCAGCAUUUGUCAACUUUGAAACAAAAAAUGGAUAUCAAUGAAAAAGAAUUGAUUGAUGUAAUUGGAAUGGUGGUAGAGAUACAUUCCCCACAAGAGAAGGUCAUUGCUGGGAAGCCUACCAGGCUGAUUGAUUUUCUACUAGAGGAUACACAGGGUACUCAAAUGCAAUGCACAGUUUGGGAUGAUCAUGUUUCCAAACUAGAGCCAUUUUACCAAUCAACUCAACAUGAUCAUGUUAUAAUUUUACUACAGUUUUGUAGAGUCAAGGUUGUCCAGAACACUGGUGAUAUUAUGAUCUGCAGCAGCUACGAUGUUACAAAAAUUUAUAUAAACCAUGAUUUUCCAGAGUUUCAAGAAUUUAGAGAGAGUCUUAACGGAGAGCAGACCCCAAUGCGUAGCAUUGUUUCCAUGACAAGUAUGAGCUAUGGCAGUGCAUUUGAAGACUUCUCUUCUGGACAAAUGAAUGUUUUGACCAUUUCAGAUAUAUAUCAAAAUAGAGAAUAUGGUGAUUUUUGGGUUGUUGCUAAAAUCGUUGGCAUUGAGAGUUCGGGUGAUUGGUUUUAUGUUUCUUGCAAAGCACAUGGUUGUAAUAAAAAGUUGAUUCUACGUAAUGAUGGUCAAAAGUAUGACUGUGAUAAAUGUAAGAGGACUUGGGAAGAGGGUAUUCUCAGGUACAGGGUUAAGAUUAGAGUUGUUGACCUCAAUGGAAAUGCACCAUUCAUACUAUGGGACAGAGACUGUCAAGAUUUAUUAGGUAUUUCAGCAACAGAUCUAAGGAAGAGGACCUUGGAGGGACCCCUUACAGUCCCCAGUGAAAUAGAAUCCUUAGUGGGACUUGCAAUGGUUUUUAGGAUUGCUGCAAGAAAGGAACAAUUUGAUAACCUUCACAAUGCCUUUGCGGUUAUUAAGGUUAUGAAUGACCCUAAAUUAGUAUCAGUUUACUGUCGAGAGCUAUUGGAGGCACCGGACAAGGACCUAACAUCUGAACUGCAUCCACAGGAUGAAGAAAUUUCUAGAGAGGAUUUUGAGGAUGAGGAUGUUGCUGAGAGUCCAAGUUUACCAGCAAAUCCCAUGAAGAAAGUUGAUGAAGGUGAAUGUGGAGCUGUUAAGAGGUCUCUGCUUGAUGAGUUCUCCUCUACCCAAAGUUCUAAGAAGACAAUGAAGUCAAUUGUGAAGAUGGAAAAAUAGGGCUGAAUUUGUUUGGGCAAACUUUGUGGUUGGAAAACGUUAUGUGCAUGGUGACUGUAUGCACUAAUGCAUAUAUGUCAACAUUGUGUUUUGGAUUCUUAAAGACAAUUGUGUCUGGCGACACGUGUAUUGGCUUUUGUUGUGCUAUAUUUUGACAAUUAUGUUUGGUGGCACAACUAUUUUGAGACAAUUGCCAGACUAAUUUCUAUAUCUAUCUUAUUGUUUUUAAUUGCCACCACAAUUUCUAUAUC